UCUCACUCCGCUGCUUUAUCAACCUCGCAGCACUUUGCUUUCAAUAGAUUAAAUCUUGUCUCAUAGUUGCAUAAAGUGAAUAGAACUCUUCUUUUAUCAGUGUUAGUCAUUCAUUCAUCAAGCAUGCCUGCGUACUGUUUAAUGUAAAACAUAGGCUUUUCAGGACAUGUAAUUCUUGAAGCAGUUUUCUUAAUAGGUGUUUCUUAAUAGUUGACUGUGUGUUAAUGUCUGCUGCAGUGUUUCUGAUUUCAAGUCUCUCUUUGACUUUGAAACAAAAAAGGUGGGGUGUAAUGUGAAAGGAUAAUGAACUAAAAUGUAGAUUUAUCCACCAGAAAACGGGCAACAAUGGCAACAGAGCAAAAUGAAAUGACAACUGACCAUGGAGCCCUGACAACCACAGGUGUUAAGAGCUGUGAGAACCUGUCAUGUUACCUGGUGCUGAGCAACACAGAGAAGAGUAUUAUCACAUGGAUCUGCUGCUUUACUGGACCUGCCACUUUCCUAGAGAACAUUUUGGUGCUGGUGGUCAUUGGUGCUUCAGCAAGAUUACGCAAGCGGCCGUCGUACCUCUUCAUUGGAAGCUUGGCGGUGGCUGAUGUCUUGGCUAGUACCUUCUUCCCCAUUUUCUUCUUGGAAUUCCACCUUUUAGGUCACAGAGACAAUUCUGAUAUUUACUUAUUCAAGCUAGGUGGUGUCACCAUGGCCUUCACUGGCUCUGUUGGUAGCCUGUUUCUAACUUCAAUGGACCGCUACCUUUGCAUCUAUAAGGCUCCGCGCUACAAACUUCUGUUGUCACGUCGUAGAGCCUUGUUUGGGAUACUGGCCUUAUGGACUGUGACUAUUGUGAUCUCUUUCCUCCCUCUGAUUGGAUGGAGAUGCCGAAACAAGACUCCAUGUUCUCGGCUCUUCCCAUACGUUGAUCCAUACUAUAUGAGCUGCUGGGCAGGCCUCAUGCUGGUGGUGCUUGUGCUCAUUUUGGUAGCAUAUGUGCUAAUCUUGUGGAAGGCCCACCAUCAUGAAGCAGUCAUGGAAGCUCGAACACCAGGACGUUCAACAAUGGGACAGCGUGACAGAAUGCGUGUGGACAUCCGUCUGGCACGCACUCUGGGCCUGAUCCUCCUGAUCCUAGUACUUUGCUGGGUCCCUAGUCUCGCCAUCCUGGUGGUCGACGUCUCACGGGAACUAACCCUCAAGGAGCAGCGGGCCUUCGCCUUCUGCGGGACUCUGUGCUUGGUUAACUCAGCCGUAAACCCACUGUUAUAUGCCCUCCGCUGCCGUGAGCUGAGACGGGCACUCUUCUACCUGCUGAGGCGUGUACGCAGGGUAUGUACUAAGGGCACUGGAGUGUGUGCUUCUGGCCAAAAGAAAGACAAUGAUGCUGGACAGACUGAAAAUAAGGACAAAGAUACUCUUUCUGAAUCCCUAGACAGACUACAUCUGGAUUAGCUGGACAAUAAAAGUUACUACAUAAGUUAUUCUGACUGAUUAGUUGUCAGUCAUGGUUUGUUAUUUUACAGUAGCUUUGUGUAAUAUGUGCACAAAAACUAACAAUGUGCAUGAAUGAUUAUUAUAUACUGUAUUAUAUAGGGGGCAGUCAUGGGCUGGAGGUUAGGGAACCAGCCUUGUGACCGGAAGGUCACCGGUUCGAGCCGACAGCACAUGACUGAGGUGUCCUUGAGCGGAGGUGAAAUUUCCCCAGUUUGGGACUAAAAAGGGUCACUUAAUCUUAAUGUACUUCUAAAAUGUACCAAGCAAAAGUCAGAAAACACCCCUCAUUCUUUAUUUAAUUUCCAGUCAAAACUACCAUUAAGUAUUAUUCAUUUUUCAGAGUCAAAAAAAAAAAAAACAUACCAGAAGAUUGCACAGAAGCCUCAACCACCAAAUACAGUAAGGUGUUUUUUCAGUAUUUAGGGUGUCCACUGUUUGCACUGCUUUCAUUCUUUUCCAAAGAUCAGUUUUAGAAGUUGGUGCAUUUUCUGCAUUGCAUGUUCCAAGUAAUCCAAAACACAUUCAACCAUGAGGUCUUAAUCAUCAUCAUCUUCUCCAUAUAAUGAGAAUGAGUCAGGGCCAGUUUAGGGGGAGCACACCCAUUUAACAUUCACUCCUUUAUUAUCACACCAAAGGCACAGGCUGUUGGCAUAAACAAAACAGCAAAGUGAAACAUAAUAUAAAUAAAAUGGACUAAGAUUCAAUCUUCUGUACUACGUAGACCAAAGCUGUUCUUUCUUUUUUUUUGGUUUUUGACUUUGGAAGAAGUUUGUCCAAAACAUGGCCUGUAUUUGUGAAGAUUUUAUUAUAUAUUGCACUGGAACAUCAGGGCAUUACAAUCUAUGUCUGCGCCCAAUCGGGCUAUAAUAGCAUUUACAACGUGUUUACUGAAAUACAGCAGAAAAUGCACUUUUAUUUCAUUAUUUUCUAUGGCAUAUACUGUAUAAUUUUAUGUACUCUUAUAAUUAAAGCUUUUAUUGUAUA